AUGUGUGAGGUGUUUGAGGGUCCCGCUGUGGUCAGUAUGGAGCUGUCAUGGUCAGUGCAGCACCUGCUGUGUGUUUUUACUGUCUACCUCCUUCCUCUGCAGCCUUCGAAGGGAAACUCAGAGUCUGUGUUCCAGUGUUUGAGCUGCUACAACCAGAGUUCUGCACACAGUCUGCACAGUCCUGACCAACUGACUGGACCUACCUCAUGCAUCAGGCUCUGUCUGCAGCAGCGAUGCUUCGGUUCUAGAUCCGUUCCCCAUGGAGAUGUUUUGAGUGUUGGGCCGUAUGUUCAUAAUGUUGCUGUGGAUGAUUUGAUUGGCAGCUUGCACACUGGAAAGCCCCACCCCCAACUCUCAGCAUGUGUGGCUGCAUCGUCUUUACAAGACACAGUUUGCUUCUCAGCUGUUCAGAUCUACACUGAGAAGCGAGCGUACACCACAGGAACUGAUGUAACCUUCCUGGCUGUGACGAAAGAAGCUGAUCCGCUGGAGUUUCACUGGCAGUUUGGGGACUCAGUUACAUUUACAACUAAAUCCAGAACCUUCAUUAAGAGAUUCUUCCUUCCUGAAAGGUACAAUGUCACUGUCCGUGUGUCCAAUGCUUUUCACUCUGUUAGCUCAGAGAUUUAUCCUGUGGUGAUUCAAACUGCAGUCCAGCCCAACAGACUGCUUUUCAUGCCCUCAGUGCUGCUGGACACUUCAGUGACAUUCACCUGCAGAAUCGAUGCUGGCACAAACGUCUCUUAUCUGUGGGAUUUUGGAGAUGGAACCCAGAGACCGGGACACAGCGCUGAGCAGCAUUUGUUUAACAGAACCGGCGAGUUCACAGUUGAAGUGACUGUAUUCAACCUGGUAAGUUCUGCCUCUUUGAAAGGACAUCUGUUCAUAGUUUCUGAGCCAUGCCAACCUCCACCUGUGAAGAACAUGGGCCCCAGCAAGAUACAGGUGUGGCGUUACCAGCCUGUGUCCAUCGGUGUGACCUUUGAAUCUCAGAUUGAGUGCAACAUCUCCAGCGGUCUGCUCUACACCUGGUUCCUCUAUAAACCGACUGGACAGCAACUGCACAUCCCACUCGUUCAGACAAACAGACAGAGUCUUGAACUGCCUGAGUAUCUGCUUCAUUAUGGCACUUACAAAGCAGUAGCAAAGGUUCAUGUUGUAGGCAGCAUAGUUUACAGCAAUUACUCAGUUCAGAUUGAGGUGAUGUCCAGCCUUCCUGUCAUUGUCAUCAGUGGAGGCACUAAUGUGUUCAUCAAUCGCAACAACAACGUCAUCACUCUGGAUGGACAAAAGUCAUAUGACCCAGAUUACCCAGGUUAUGCUAUGAGUUACAGGUGGAAGUGCAGGCCGGUAAACUCAGCCGAAAGCUCCUGUUUCAGAGAGAACCUUCCAGAUUCAUCUGCAGUGCUGACGUUUCCUGCUCACGCUCUCCAGCCUGACUGUGACCUGUUCAAAUUCACUCUGACUGUACAAAGUGCUAAUCGCUCUUCAUCAUCCCACAUCUUCAUCACUGUCAGGUCAAAACCAACCAGCUUUGUUCACAUAUCAUGCAAAGAGUGCAGAGGAAACUCUAUAAACUGGAAUGAGCCAUUUUCUGUCACUGCUGUGUCUGAAAACUGUCCAGAAACUGUCACCUAUUCCUGGAAACUAUACUCAGUAAACACCUCAAGUAAAACUGUCCCAGAAGGUCCUUUCUGCAGCAGUGUGGACAUAAGCUUACCCUCUAAAAUGGAGGAGGACAAGGUUUUAUUUCCACAAUCUGAAGUGACCUCUCAGACCUCAGCUGUUAGCCACCCUGAAAAGAUCUCCAGUCAUUAUCUUCCUAACUCUACUGGUUCAGUUCUGUUGGCUCAGAUAUGGAACAAAAUGUCCAGCAACUCUGACGAUUUACCUGAUACAAUUAACAUUUAUCACACUACCGUUACUAGAGCAUCAGAAGUGACCUCCACAAGUCCAUUACCUUUGCUUUUACCAAACUCUCAGCCUUUAGCUGGAGUGAAAGAGUCUCACAGGAGCAAGAGCAGAUUGGAGAGGUCAGUGGAGCACCAAGAGGGACCAUUAACUCCUUUUGAUCUUCUGUCUGGUCUUGAAAGUGCUUCAGCGGCAGAGUCCUCAGGAGCUUCAAGUGAAGAUGAUUACCUCUAUGCUGUGGACACUGAAGAUGAAAACACCAACAAGAACAAUGUCACCUUCAAACAUUCCAGUAUUCAUGGUGAUCUAGACUAUGAGUAUUUCCAUUCUGGAAUAGAGGAGGCUGAUGCAGGGGGGCCUGUCGGGCGACCCACAGGCCCCAUCGGUUUAGAUGAUAUGAUCCUUCACUCUGACGAGCGUGAGGGGGACAACCUGGUGGACCCCAGCAGUGUUGGCCGUUUGGUGGUGUCUGAGAAAACUCUGCUGGAUCUGGACAGAGAGCUUGUCCAGCCGGCCCUGUUUCAGUCUUACAUAUUCACAGGGACGUCCUCCCCCAGUAUUACAUUUAAGCCCACUUCACUGAAACCCGAAAGUCUAUACAUGCUGGAGGUCUCUGCAAGUUUUGAUCAGGCUCUGCAGGGAAAAGCCCAGCUGUUCUUCAACACUCACUCCAUUCCUGAGGGAACAGCCUGCCACGUCCAGCCCAGCACAGGCCUGGAGAUACACACACACUUCAGCAUCUUCUGCACUUCAGGAAGACAGGAUCUGAUGUAUGAAUAUAGCUUUAGUGUAGGUAACUCUACAAAAAAGCUUCUCUACGAGGGCCGAGAUUUCCAACACUACUUUAAUCUUCCAGCUGGAGACCCGUACAACAAUUAUGAAGUUACCAUCUACAUUGAAAUUCGGAAUAGAUUUGGAUCAGCUACAAAGCCGUGCCCUGUUACUGUCACGGUCCAGCCGAGCUUCCAGAGAACUCCAUCCUCAAAUCCAGACCAGGAGCUGUUUGUUUAUGGUCUAGGUAAUCUCACUAGCUUGAUGCUGAUGAGGAACAGCAGAGACAUCAUUAACCACAUUUAUCUCCUCACUGUGGUGUUGAACCGGCUGAGUUUGGACACAAAAUCAUCUAUGAAACUGCAGACAGAUACACGAGCUGAUCUAAUUUCAGCAGUGUGUCAGCUGACCGUCUCCAGCAAGGUGACAUUUGACAGUGCCAUACUGGUAACAAAAUACGUGCAUCAUGUAUCAUCUCUGCGAGAGACCAACUUGCCUGCGAAUCACAUUUUGGAUGUGAAUGUGGUGAAAGCAGUGGUGUUUGUCCUCUCUAAUAUCCUGGACGCCCCAAUCCCUUCUUCCAGACCAGGGAUCCAACUGACACAACAUGUUCUCCACAUCAUCACUAACUCAGUGCUGAUGUUUAUGCAUUCCAGCAAAGACCCACAGUUCAGCGUGAACACCACAACCAUGAAUCUGAUUGCUUGGCAGCAUUAUGGUUCACCUCCAACAGUGAAAACUCUUCAUACGACCACAUUUUACAUUCCUGAUCUACUGGAUAUGCACAAUAAACAAGGGAGGAAUGCUGAUGAACAAAGCUCAUGCUUCAUCACUCAGCUCGUAUCAUACAGGCAGAACCCAUAUCACUGGACCAGGACUCCUGCGCAGCUGAAUGGAGACGUGGCUGAGGUGAAGCUCUUUAACUGCACCGGCAGAAAAGAGAUAAGAUGGAGAUACCUGUCCACUCCAGUCGUUGUGGAGUUCCAGAAGCAUGACGAGAUAAAUAAGAGCAGAAACAUGAAGUUCACUCUCGCUCGCUCUGAGGUGAACAUACACCUGUUCAGCAUCACACCUGAGCUCCUGCAGAAGACCAUUGAGCUCAGAGUGGAGUUCAGCAGGCCAACACGGCGCGCAUUUCCCGUCAUGCUGCUCUUGAGGAUGCAUAAGAAACCAACACUAACUUUGUACAACAUACAGAAAGUGUAUCAUUGGAAAGAAACAAUGGCACAGAUCUUCCUGCCCCCUUUAUCUCUGAAAGAUGCAGGGACCGCAUAUCUGAUGCUUCUCAAUGCUGACUACAAUAAAAGUCCCAUCAAUAAGUACACAGCAAAUGCAGUGAACUAUACACUGAGCAUUGAGUCCAUUCAGUGUUUGGCCUGGGAUGGACUGAGAGAGUGGAGACCUGACAGCUGUUCUGUACUAAAGGGCUUCUCUACAACCAGAAUCAACUGCAGUUGCAGCCGCCUGACAUCAUUCACUGUUACACAUCAGACCAUCUACAGCAAUUACAGUGUUACAAACAUCACUGAGUACACCAGCGCUCGUUCCAGCCUUACAUUGUAUAUUCUAAUAGCAGUGUCAGCAGCUAUGUAUGCUGUGCUGUUGGUCUUUUGUAAACACGCUGAUGUUCGUACGGAGAAGAGCUCAGGAUCAUUCCUCUUGCCAGAUAAUGAUCCUUCAGACCAGUUCCUCUACGCUGUUACCAUCCACACAGGCCUCAGAUCUAGAGCCAGUAUGACAGCAAAGGUUUAUAUCAUUUUGUAUGGUGAAAAUGGAGCCUCACAAACCAGGGAGCUCAGCAGUUCUGACCACAAACUCUUUACCUCCAAUUCUACAAACACAUUUAUCCUGAGCACACCAUGCAGCCUGGGACAGGUAUGGCAGGUGCAUCUGUGGCACGACGCUUCAGGCUCAUCUCCCAGCUGGUUUCUGAGCCGUGUGCUGGUGAAGGAUCUGCUGCAGGGCUGUAGCUGGAUCUUCCAGGCUCAGUGCUGGCUGGCUGUGGAUGAAGGAGACGGUCGGGUGGAGAGGAGACUGCAGGCUUUAGAACAAAAGCUCACGUUCAGAGAGGUGGCUAUGCUUUAUCUGAAGCUGAAGGAGUGUUUAGAGGAUUUCCAUCCAUGGUUGUCUGUCUACAGCCGUCCAUCCUACAGCACUCAUACACACACUCAGCGCUUUAGUGUGUGUUUUCUGCUCCUGCAAGCCUACAUGUGUGCAAACACAGUGCUCAUAUAUCUGCAGGAAGAGCAGUACUCCUCAGAGUUGGGCCUGAUUGGUGUGUCACCAGUCUCCGUGGUAACAGGGCUGUGUGCUUUAACUGUGGUGCCAGUAGGGAUUCUGGCAUCCUACCUGUUUCGCAUCAGCAAGACAAACAAAAGCAGAAAUAAGUCUGGGGAGCAGUAUAAGGUCAGACUGCCCCAUGUCUACACUGUGGAAGUCUCAGCCACUGACUUCUGUAGCUCCUUCAAAGUGAUUGUUGGCCUCUCUGUGGCUUCCCUCUCAUGUCCCCUUUUUGCUCUGAUGCUGACUUUUGACAGACAACCUUAUCUAAGCGGAGCCUGGGUGGGGAUCCAGGACUGGAAAUAUAACCAUGAUUCUACUUGGGUAACCUGCAACAAACUGGCCAGUGACUCAAAACUUCAGAGAACAACGGACUCCAGCUCUUGCAUUGAAAUCAUUGAAGAAAACAUCCCUGAGAUAAAAGAUUCCUCAAAGAAUCAUCCGUCUUGUGGAAGCAGGACCAACACUCUGCAGGUGUGGUGCUACUAUGCAACAUGGGCUGUUUGGCUGUGUUUGUGUCUCACUUUCAUGAUCAUCACUGCAAUUCUGGGAUUAAAGUUCAACUCUACAAAGAGUCUUCUCUGGAUUCAGUCUGUUUUCUUCUCUCUGCUCUUCUGUGCUUUUGCAAUACAUCCAGCAAUGAUUCUUAUCGUUGCGAUCUGCGCGACUCUGCGGUGUAAAGAGCUAAGUUAUUUUUACCAAAGCUCUGCUUUCGAUGAGCCUGUAACUGAGCUGCUGAAACAGAAUAAGCAGAGCAGAGUAUGUUUCCACAAGCAUUUCACAUCCUGCUCCCACCAUCAGCCUGAGGAGAUCAGUAUGUAUUAUGAGAAGGUGCUGGCGUCUCGUCAGAGAGAGAGAUACCUGCGGCUCGCUCGCCCACCAACUUCAACACAGCUAAAAUGUGUGAGACGCCAAAUUAGAAAGAGGACACUCAUUAAGAAAACUAUAAGGUCUGAAGUGUCCCGCACACUUCAGAAGCUAAGCGCUACAAGCUGGACGGACCGUAACACCAAAGCCAUGAUAGUCCAGUUCACCCUAUACAGCCCUGCCUACAAUCUCUUUACUACGGUCACUAUGCUGGAAGAACAACCGCCCAUAGGAGGCUUUCAGCCUACAGUCUUCGUCCACUCCACACAGCUCUAUAACUCAGCCACUGCCCUUGAUUACUGGCUUAUGGCUGCAGAGCUUCUCUUCCUGCUCCUCACUCUGCUUCAGUUAUACAUUCAAAUAUGUGUUAUGGCUCAGAAAGCAUUGCUUUACUGGACAAACCUGUGGAACUGGCUCGAGGUGGUGUCACUUCUGAUCAGUUUUCUGAGCUUCAUCUGUGCCGUGCAGCACUUCACACUCAGAACAGACACAAUCGAACACCUGCAGAGGGAAGAUUUUAAGAAAUUUGUUGACAUGAGUCCUGUAUCCUCUUGGGAACAGUUUUCUCGCUCACUUCACGGUAUUCUUGUGUUCCUUCUUCUGAUGAAGUGUUGCUUCAUGCUGCGCAUAAAUGAAGUGAUGACUGCUGCAGUAUCUUCAAUGGCACUGAUCUUCUCCAACCUGCUUUGGCCACUGAUAGCUGGUGUGAUCCUGAUCAUUGCCUUCUCCUGUUUGGGAAACCUGCUUUUCCAUUCAAACGCAUCAGUCUUCAGGACCUUACCAAGAUCUGUUUAUUGGAUUAUCUCUCACUGCUUUGGCUGGGGACGGCUCAGAUACCUCUGGGGACUCGAUCACAAAACUCAAGCUUCCUUGGUGCUCUAUGUCUAUGGAGCCUUAUUGUGCACAGUGUCUGUUGCUUUUAAAGCAGUGGUAACUGGUGCGGUCACCUCCUUUGUGAAAAAGGCAGCAAAAUCCCAAAGAAGAAAACCUCAUCUAUCUGUGUCUGACCUGCUCACUUACACCAGAGACGUGGCUUUGGUUCUCAUUGGCAAAGGCAGGCAGAACUGGAUGGAUAAUCAUGAUAACGCUAAUAAUUUGUACCUGGAGGAGUUUGAGGAGCUUGUUGAUGAGCUGUUGUUGCGGCUCAAUGUGAUUUCCAACAGCGACACCCUUGAAGAACAAGAAAACCAUAAGAACCAGAGAUGCCUCAGUUUUGAACACGAUUACAGCUCAGAGGUGACCAUUGUGACCCUCAUUAUACUGAACUCUUUAUUUCCAAUACAUUGUUCAUAA